AUGUCGGGCCCAACUCUUCGCAAACCAGCCUACUACAUCAAGGUGCCUGCAGUCAUGGCGUCCAUCCCGGAGAAAGAGACGCAGCUGAAGGCGGUCCAGCUCGAGGCGCUGGUCGUCAUGAAAGUGAUCAAACACUGCGCAAGUCGUUUCCCCACCGUCGCAACCGGCUCCCUCGUCGGUAUGGACAACAACAAUGGCACCCUCGAGGUGACCAACACAUUCCCCUUCCCUGUCGUGGAUCUGCCGCCCGAGGCGCAAUUCGACAACCAACCGCAACACUUCAACGCUGCUGCUUCUGCUCCUCGCGCAAAGGCCAACACUGCCUACCAAGCCGAGAUGAUUCGCAUGCUGCGCGAGGUCAAUGUCGACGCGAACAAUGUGGGGUGGUACACAAGUGCAAACCUGGGAAAUUUCGUCAACGCGAAUUUCAUUGAGAAUCAGUAUCACUACCAGAAGGAAUUAAAUGAGAAGACUGUGGCGCUUGUGCACGACGUCAGUCGCAGCUCUCAAGGGAUUCUCAGCAUUCGCGCCUUCCGGCUGUCGCCACAAUUCAUGACCGCGUACAAAGAGAACAAAUUCACCACUGACCAGCUUCUCAAGUCCGGUCUCAAGUACUCAGAUAUCCUCGUCGAAAUCCCCGUGUCUGUCCACAACUCCCACCUCGUCAACACAUUCCUCCACCAAGUGCCCGGCAUGCUGGCUUCAGGCGUCAUGAAACCUCCCAGCUCCGUUGACGAGAUUGAGAAUAAUCCCAUUGUCAAGAACGACACCCUAGCACCUUCAUUCGAGUCACUUUCUAUCUCCAUCGACCCCUACCUCUCUCAAACCGCCGACAACCUUCUCGACAGCAUUGAGACCCACCAUGUUGAAGCCAACAAUUUCUCUUACUAUUCCCGUGCUCUUGCCCGUGAGCAGGCUAAGAUCCAGCAGUGGCAGCAGAAGCGUAAGGCGGAAAAUGCGGCGAGAGCACUGUCCAAGCAGCCACCAUUGCCAGAGGACGAGUGGCAGAAAUUGUUCAAAUUGCCUACAGAGCCAAGCCGUUUGGAGAGCAUGUUGAAUAGUCGCCAGGUUGAGCAGUACGCCAAACAGGUCGAUGGCUUUGUCGCAGGGACUACAGGAAAGAUGUUUGCCGUCAGAGGAAAUCUGUUGCCUGGCGACGGGACCGAGAACACCACCCCCCGAAAUGAAUGA